AUGACUUUGAGGAGCGGGAAGGAAAUUCAGGGACCAGAACUCAUGAUUUCAAAGGACAAGGAUGAGGAAAAAAUUGAGAAUGAGUUGGAGAAGGAGGGCAACAAUGGCACAAUUCCAAAGGUACUCCCAGAUCCAGUCAUUACAGUUGAAACUAAUCCGCUUCCCUUUUCUAGCAGGUUAGAAAAACCAAGAAAACAAGAUAAGGAAAAGGAGAUCUUAAAGGUGUUCCGCAAGGUAGAGAUUAAUAUCCCCCUCUUAGACGCAAUCAAACAAGUGCUGAAGUAUGCCAAGUUUCUAAGGGACUUGUGUGUCAACCGAAGGCGGUUGAGGGGAGAUGAAAAGGUCAUUGUGGGAGAGAACGUGUCCGCGGUCCUGCAAAAGAAGCUCUCACCGAAGUAUAGGGACCCAGGUAUAUUUACUAUCCCCUGUAGAAUAGGAAAUAUUUUGAUUAGAAAGGCCAUGUUGGACUUAGAGGCGUCAAUUAAUGUGACGCCAAAAUCUAUUUAUGCUUCUCUGAACUUAGGUCCAUUAAAAGAAACUAAGGUAAUUAUUCAAUUAGUAGACCGAAUUAAUGCAUAUUCUGAUGGGUUGGUUGAAGAUGUGUUGGUCAAAAUUAAUGAUUUGUUAUUCCCAACUGACUUUUAUGUACUUGACAUGGAUGAUGAUCAUUCCUCUAACCCCUCACUUCUGCUAUUAGGUAGACCCUUCUUGAGAACAGCACAGACCAAAAUUGAUGUUAAUAAGGGUACCUUGUCCAUGGAGUUUGAUGGGGAGAUUGAAGUAUUUGAAACUGUUGGCAGGGAUGAGUUGGAGGUUGCUCUGACCAAGCACUUCGAGUUGGAGACAACGCCUGAGGUGGAAUGGAGUGAGGAUCUAAAAUGUACAGUAGGCGAGUUACACUCGCUGCCUACCACCACGAAAAUGUAUGAAAUUUCACCCAUUUUCAUCCUCGAACCUCACCAGAGGGUACUACCAUCUGUGGUACAGGCACCUGUGUUAGAGUUGGAGCCCUUGCUGAAGCACUUGAAAUAUGCGUAUUUGGCCGACAACAAAACACUCCCGGUGAUUAUCUCAGCUGCACUAUCAGAUACCUAG